AUGGGCUGCAAAACCGGGCAAAAGAACAGGCUUACACCUUACAACGAAGAUUUCGAAAAGAAGAGUUCGAAUGUAAUCGUUCUGGGAAAUUCACUAGUAAAGGAGCCGAUGGUCGAAGAUGUUCUACCAGGAAGGGACAUUCUCACUGCUCCUGUUAUAAGGCACGAUAUUAGGCCUGUUUAUAGCAGCGACGACGGCGAAGAAUUCGAUUCAUUCCUGGAAGAUGAACUGGGCGGACCUGAUGCAUUUCGCGCGUCACAGAACCGUCUGGAAGAGAGGGAAGCGAUUGGGCAGAAGAUAGAACAGGCGCUAUCAGAAGUUACUGCAGUUGUGAACGUACUCAUCAAUAUCGACACCGACGAGGCUCUGGAAAAACUGCGCGAAAUUCACGAGCUUCUUGACAGAGCAUCGAAAAUAACCCUGGUUCCUAGCUCACAGGAACCCGAGAAUACGGUGCAAUCCGAACACGCUGGUUCUGAAGUGGAGCCAAUCUCAAACGGAGCUUUACCCUCGGUAACAUUGCAAUCCGAACACGCUGGUCCUGGAGUGGAGCCAAUCUCAAACGGAGCUUUACCCUCGAUAUUGGAGCUAAGCAGAAAAGAUGACGUUGACAACCGUGAAGACAAGCAGAGCAGAAACUGCGAGAUUACUGAUGCGGCUUUUUUCCCACCGCGCCGCCAAAGGUCUCUCCGAAACACAUCAGCAGUCAUUGGUGAAGCUGAUGGUCUGGAUACAGCGUCCCUUUCAACAAGCAUUCGGUAA